CGCUGAAAAGAAUUCUAAUAUUAAUUUUAAAUCAGUAAAUGGUUAAAUUUUUUAAUCGGUCAAAUUUAUAAAUACAAUGUCUAUACAAACUUACGGCGAUAAACCGGUUGCUUUUCAGCUAGAAGAAGGUGGAGAAUACUAUUAUGUCGGCUCAGAAGUAGGGAACUAUUUGCGGCUAUUUCGUGGUAUUUUGUACAAGAAAUACCCGGGUAUGACUCGCAUUGUGCUCUCCAAUGAGGAACGCAAACGUUUGGCGGAUUCCGGCCUAAGUCCACACAUAUUAGCUAGCUCAGUUUCAUUACUGCGAGCUUGUGAAGUAGACGAUAUUAUAGCUGGAAACGAUGAAAAGUAUAGAGCAAUCUCCGUAAAUACAUCGGAUGCACCGUUGCCACGUGAAAGCAAAUCUAAAAAACAACCCCAAUAUGUGCCGACAAUGCCCAAUUCCAGCCACCUAGAUGCUGUUCCUCAAGCUACUCCGAUUAACCGAAAUCGGAUACACACAAAAAAGAUUCGUACUUUUCCUAUGUGUUUUGACGAUACUGAUCCAACCGCGAAUCUUGAUAACGCAGCCCAAAAGGAAUGCUUGGUACCCAUACGAUUGGAUAUGGAGUUGGAAGGACAAAAGUUACGCGAUACAUUUACUUGGAACAAAAAUGAGAGCAUGACUACUCCAGAGCAAUAUGCAGAAGUUCUAUGCGACGAUUUAGACUUAAACCCAAUACCAUUUGUCCCAGCUAUUGCACAAGCUAUACGUCAGCAAAUCGAAGCAUUUCCCAGCGAAACGCCAAUUAUAGAAGAAAGUAGUGAUCAACGAGUUAUUGUUAAACUCAAUAUACAUGUCGGAAAUACCUCUUUAGUGGACCAGGUGGAAUGGGAUAUGUCGGAUAAAAACAACAAUCCUGAAGAAUUUGCAAUUAAAUUAUGCGCUGAAUUAGGUUUGGGAGGUGAAUUUGUGACAGCUAUAGCUUAUAGUAUUCGAGGACAAUUAUCUUGGCAUUAUCGGACGUAUGCGUUUAGCGAAGCUCCUCUAUCGACUAUAGACGUUCCCUUUCGAAAUCCUAGCGAUGCGGAUGCAUGGGCUCCAUUUCUCGAAACCUUAACUGAUGCCGAAAUGGAAAAGAAAAUACGUGAUCAAGACCGUAAUACUAGACGUAUGAGGCGCUUAGCCAACACUACUACGGGGUGGUAAGGACUUUCCUUGUCAUUUCGAAUCAGUAAAAAUUAUGGUCAUGAGUCAUUGCAUUGUUUGGUGUAUAAAUGUAAGCUUAUUAUUUAUUACACA